AUGGAUGAUUUGUCGCGCAAACUCAUGAAAGCUCUUGUCAUAUGCGAGGGGAAAACCACUGCGGUUCAGGAUCAUCCCAUCCCUUCCGUAGACAGUGACGAUGUCCUUGUGAAGGUCGUCGCUGUAGCGCAGAACCCUUCGGAUUGGAAAUUCGUCGACACAGUCCAGAACAUUGGUACUGUCGUUGGCUGCGAUUGGUCGGGACACAUUGUACAGAGGGGCAAGAACGUGAGGACGCCUGAACUUGGCGCACACGUCUCUGGCUUUGUGAUGGGCGGGACCUUCGUUGACAGCGGCGCCUUCGCGGAAUACGUGAAGACGCCCGCUGAACUGGCGUGGUUCGUACCAGAGGGAACUAUUAGCCACGAGCAGGCUGCGACUAUGAGCGGAGGAGUUUCCACCGCAGUUCAAUGUUUAUAUCAUCCUCACCGUUUAGGGCUUGUCGAGCCCCCCGACAGAGUGGAUGGUGUAGAGUGGAUACUGGUUUACGGAGGAAGCUCUUCUGUUGGCCAAUACGCCAUACAGCUCGCUCACCUCUCCGGAUACAAGGUGGUCACCACGGCGUCUCCACAGAACUUCGAACUCGUUCGAUCGCUGGGCGCGGACGCUGUCUUUGACUACAAGGACCCGGGGGUCAUCGCGGCCAUCAAGGAGGUGACUGAAGACAGCGUACGUUCUGCGAUUGAUACCCAGAGCACGAAAGAAACACAGGAGCUUUGCGUACGCGCAAUGGGAGUCGGAGGCGGGAAGCUGAUCUUGAUGUUUCCUCCAACUUUCAAAGCGAAGAAGCUUCGGAAAGACGUCGAGCUCAUUCCUACGCUGAUAUACACUGCACUUGGCCGUCCAUUCGCGAUCGGUCCUCAAGCACAGUAUGCUGCGCAGCCAAAAGACAGGGCACAAAUUGCUGGUUUCUUCAAGAAGAUGCCGGAUCUUGUACGCAAUGGACUGCUAGUACCGAACCGUGUCAAGCUCUGGGAAGGUGGCAUGCGAGCAAUACCGGAGGGUCUGCAGUACAUGCGGGAUGGGAGGGUCAGUGGGGAAAAGAUUGUGUAUCAUUUCUGA